GGGCUCGAGGGGCCGGCACAAAUGGUCAGGCGGCGGCGGCGGCGGCGGCGGCGGCGGCGGUAGUCGGAGGCGCGGCGGGCGCUGCCGCCGGUGCGGGCAGAGCUGCGCGCCGCGGCCGCGCGAGUGGCGGCCGGGGCUGCCCCGUCCCUGCCCGCCGCUCCCUUCAUGAGUCGCAAGUUCGGGCCGGGAGGAGCAGCGGCGGCGGCGGCGGCGGGGCGGCGGGAGCCCGGUUGGGCAGGCGGCACCGACUGAGCAUGGCCGAGCGGCGCGGGCCGGCGGCGAGCGGCGGCGGCGAAGUUGGCGGCGGGCGGCGGGCGGGCGGCGGUCGGUGCCCGCGGCUACCGCCGCCGGUGCUGGUGGUGCUGCUGCUGUGGGCGGCGGCGCUGCCGCCGGCCGGGGGCCAGCCGCCGGCGCCGCAGUACAACGGCGAGCGGGGCAUCUCCAUCCCGGACCACGGCUACUGCCAGCCCAUCUCCAUCCCGCUCUGCACCGACAUCGCCUACAACCAGACCAUCAUGCCCAACCUGCUGGGCCACACCAACCAGGAGGACGCGGGGCUGGAGGUGCACCAGUUCUACCCGCUGGUGAAGGUGCAGUGCUCGGCCGAGCUCAAGUUCUUCCUCUGCUCCAUGUACGCCCCGGUGUGCACCGUGCUGGAGCAGGCCCUGCCGCCCUGCCGCUCCCUCUGCGAGCGGGCCCGCCAGGGCUGCGAGGCCCUCAUGAACAAGUUCGGCUUCCAGUGGCCCGACACGCUGCGCUGCGAGAAGUUCCCGGUGCACGGGGCCGGCGAGCUCUGCGUGGGGCAAAACGCCUCCGAGCGGGGCACCCCCACGCCCGCCCUGCGCCCCGAGAGCUGGACCAGCAACCCCCACCGCGGAGGCACCGGCGGCGGCCCCGGGGGCUCGGGGCCCGGCGAGGCCCGCGGGCGCUUCUCCUGCCCGCGGGCGCUGAAGGUGCCUUCCUACCUGAACUACCGCUUCCUGGGGGAGAAGGACUGCGGGGCGCCCUGCGAGCCCGGCCGCCUCUACGGGCUCAUGUACUUCGGGCCCGAGGAGCUGCGCUUCUCCCGCACCUGGAUCGGCAUCUGGUCGGUGCUCUGCUGCGCCUCCACCCUCUUCACCGUCCUCACCUACCUGGUGGACAUGAAGCGGUUCAGCUACCCCGAGCGGCCCAUCAUCUUCCUCUCAGGCUGCUACACGGCGGUGGCCGUGGCCUACAUCGCCGGCUUCCUCCUGGAGGAGCGGGUGGUCUGCAACGAGCGCUUCGCCGAGGACGGCUCCCGCACCGUGGCGCAGGGCACGAAGCGGGAGGGCUGCACCAUCCUCUUCAUGAUGCUCUACUUCUUCGGCAUGGCCAGCUCCAUCUGGUGGGUCAUCCUCUCCCUCACCUGGUUCCUGGCCGCCGGCAUGAAGUGGGGCCACGAGGCCAUCGAGGCCAACUCCCAGUACUUCCACCUGGCUGCCUGGGCUGUGCCGGCCAUCAAGACCAUCACCAUCCUGGCCCUGGGGCAGGUGGACGGGGACGUCCUCAGCGGCGUCUGCUUUGUGGGCAUCAACAAUGUGGACGCCCUGCGGGGCUUCGUGCUGGCCCCCUUGUUUGUCUACCUGUUCAUCGGCACCUCCUUCCUGCUGGCCGGCUUCGUGUCCCUCUUCAGGAUCCGGACCAUCAUGAAGCAUGACGGUACCAAGACAGAAAAGCUGGAGAAGCUCAUGGUGAGGAUAGGCAUCUUCAGUGUCCUCUACACGGUGCCGGCCACCAUCGUCAUUGCCUGCUAUUUUUAUGAGCAAGCUUUUAGGGAACAGUGGGAGAGGAGCUGGGUCACGCAGAGCUGUAAGAGCUACGCCAUCCCCUGCCCCAACAACCACAGCAGCCACCACCCGCCCAUGAGCCCCGACUUCACCGUCUUCAUGAUCAAGUAUCUCAUGACAUUAAUCGUGGGCAUCACCUCGGGCUUCUGGAUCUGGUCUGGGAAAACGCUGAACUCCUGGAGGAAGUUUUACACCAGGCUCACCAACAGCAAGCAGGGCGAGACCACCGUCUGAGACCCCCGCCCACGGGGCCAGGGGGGGUGGCAGGCAGCCGGAGGACCGGGGCUCUGCCUUGGGAAGCAGCUCCUUAUCCAGCCUGGGCAAACUUUGGGGACGGCAAGUGUCUUCCGCAGGCGGCGGGGAGCAGAGGACGAGCCAGGUGGGGACCCCCGCGCCUGGGACCGCCGGGCUGUGCCCUCCCCGCUCCGCUCGGGCUCUCUCCUGUGGGAACUGUACGCGCUGUCAGGUUGGGGGAGAGGGAUGUAAAUAGCCUCUGUAAGAUUUUGUAAGUAUAUUUGUAUUUAAAUGACAAAAAUCUCACUUUUUUAAUUAUUUAGGACACUUUUAACCCGUUUGCGGAUUUUGCUUCCUUGCCCCUCCUUUUUUUUAAUUUAAAAAAAAAAAAAAAAGGCGUUGGAUUUUUAUUUCGUAGGGCAGGAUGGGAAAAACUGCCGGUAAGAGGAACCAAAACAAACCCCUUUCUUCUCCCCCACACAGGUUUUGUAAUGGCUUUGAUUGGAGUUUCGGUUGCAUGAGCAGCAGGGCCCGGAGGGAGGCGGCUGCUGCCACCGCCGGGGGCGCCUCCUGAGCCGGCCCCGGCCCCGGCCCCGGCCCGGUCCGCCGGGGGUAGGUGGCGGUGGGGGCGGCCCCGGCCCCGGCCCGGUCCGCCGGGGGUAGGUGGCGGUGGGGCGUGGGGGGGGGGGGGAAGUGCCGCUUCCCGCCUCGGCCCCGGCCUGCUGGGGUUGGGGGUGGGGGCGAGGACGGACCCCCGUGCAGGGGAGGACAGACAGCCGCCCAGCAGUGGGGCAGGGACGGCGCUUCACCUCGCCUCGGCUGGCCCCCGCUGAGCCGGGCUGGACCCGCCAGACCCUUUUUGGGAUGGGGAUGGGGGUGGGUAGAAACCAGACCCAGCCCUGCCCGGCGGUGUGCCCGGCCUCUCUCUGCAGGGAGAGCCUCUCCGCAGAGCCCGGGGCUGGGGCGGGGGGGUUGGCUGCCGGCUGCCCUCUUCCAAUUUUAUAAAAAUUUAUUUAAAUGCACCACAUAGUUAAGAGGAGUUGGCCUGUUUUGUUGUAGGAGUUGAGGUUUAACACCGUCUGCACCUGUAGCAUGUCUGAUGGCUUAGGAGGUGGGUGGGGACAUUGAUACACCAAACCUAGCCCUCGUUUUGAGUUUUUUAAUCCCACUUUUGGACACCCUGCGGGUGCUCCCACCGCCGCCUGCCCCGGCACCCUCCCCACCGGGCUGCUCCUGGCUGGGGUUUGCAAGAUCAGGAAAUACGGACUCCGUGAAAAGAGCAUCGGAAUAAAACGCAGCUUUCAGGGUUUUUCUUAAUUAUAUCUGUAAGAUGGCUCUUCAUUUGGGAAACACUGGAGCCAAUGCCAUCCCCCUGAAUUUUAAUUCAUUCACAUGUAAUUCAUUACACAUUAUGAUGGUGUGAUGAUUUUUACCAGUAGUCAAAACAAAGGAAGGGAAAAGAGAAAAUCAGAACGUUUAAGCACUCCGGUGGGAUGUGAGACCUUAAAGAGCCUCUGCUGUCUUUCCCCCCCCCCCCUUUUUUUUUUUUUGUGAGGUACAGUAAUAACAUUGCAUACUGCAAAGAUAAGAUACCAUGUGUGCAGCGUAUCUACUACCUUGUAUGCUCCUGGGUGUGUGGGAUUCUGCUUCUUAAUACAAAAAAAAAAAAAGGUUAAAAACGAAAUUGUAACUUUCGACAGAUGCAUUUGAAUAUUUAGUCCUCUGUAUGAAAAACAGCAGAAUGCUUCUCUCCUGAUUGUAUUGUUUUAAACUUUUUUUUAUAUAACAAAUGCCUGUAUUUAGGUUCAUAAACAUUAUCUAUGGCUACCAUACCCUGAAAUGCAAAAUUAUUUGAAUUUGGUAUGCAUUUAUUUCUGUUCAUUAUCACAAGAUCAUCUAUAUUUAUAGAGGAAUAGAAAUUUAUAUAUAUUAAAUACCAUAUUUUUAAUUUCUCUGAAAUAAAUUGAGGUUUUGUACAAAACUA